AUGAGGUUUGUUACCUUCUCACUCAAACUGAACGAUUCACUGUAGCUGUUUGAUAAAAUGCUCUAACCAAGAUAUUUUGUUUUGUGGGUUGUGGAGGCACCAGGUGGGUUUCCUUUUAAGAUUGAAGAUAACCCAGGAGAGCAAACUAUAACAUUAACUAGAGAAUAUCAAGGUGAGAACAUCAAAGUUAUAGUUCACAUGAAUAAUCUUGUUACUGGUGAGGAUGGAGAGGUUGAUCAUGAUGAUGAUGAUGACCAAGCUGAGGGUGGUGUGAGUAGUCCUCAGUCUAGUGUUCCAUUGGUUGUAACUGUUUCGAAAGGAAGCGUACCGAUGUUGGAGUUCAGUGUUAUGGCAUAUCCAUAUGAGAUUUCAAUUGACAGUAUGACUGUGAAGCAACCAAAUGCUUCUGAAGAGUUGCUUCCUUACGAGGGACCUGACUUUUACGGAAUUGGAUGAGAACCUGCAGAAAGCUUUCCACAAGUAUCUGGAGAUCAGAGGGAUCAAACCCAAGACCACCAACUUCUUACACGAGUAUAUGAUCAAUAAAGACAGCAGGGAAUACUUGAAUUGGUUGAAUGACUUGAAGGAUUUCGUUGCCAAGUAAAUGUUGAACAGGACUACUGUGCGCUCACUUUUGGGGUAUUUUCAUGGCCUCGUAGUUUACAGAUUUGUUGAGGUCAUACAAAUCUAACAGUACAUCUUGAACCUAUCUUAUAUUGCCAAUCAGCAUCAUUUUUGUAAAAUAUCUUUGUUAUGGAUUUUUCCCG